UGCAUAUAGGGCACAUAAAAAAAAAUGGCAUAUGCUUGGGCAGGGGUAAAAAGGAAAGUCCAGCUCUAUACUCCGUUGUGCAAUUCGCAUUCUUGCGGCUAUGAGCUGUCCUGGCACUGACAGUGCUCUCCACAAUUGAAAAUACGCCAUGUUCCCCAUGAUUCGUUUGCCACAUACACAAACACAUCGUCCGCAUCACGCAUUCCGACUCCAAUGAAUUUUCAAUUGCAGAAGUCUUUGCAGGUUAAGUAAAACAUUGCAGACGAACGCCAACGAAUGAUAAUAUACUGUGUCGGCGAUCGACUCGGUGAAUAUAUUUUCUUCUGCAAAAAGGGUUGAUAAAGAUCAAGAUGCCUCUUAAGUAUAUCGGAAAAACCACAGAUUUCAAAGGAAAAUCGCUAUGGGAAAUUUUGGGAAAUUUGAAAAACUUCGGCGAAGGUAGAUUAAUUCUUAGGAAUAGGUUUCAACGGUAUCCUGAACCUUGUUACUUUAAAGUUCUCAAAGUGGAAGCUUUGCCAAAUUAUAAAGUUUCAUCUUAUGAAAAAAGAAAGUGCAUUGCUCUAGUCCAAAAUACCUUCCGUGGUAACACAGACCCAAAUCCAAUCCAAAAAGAAUCAUCUACGUACAAAGCUGAUUACACUCUAGUACCAAAACACGAGGAGCAUAAAUAUUUGAAUUCGAAACUUGUUCAUGAGAAAAGAAAAGAAUUGCCAUUCUCGAUUUCACUUCCACCUCUUCUUAAAGAGACUUAUAAAACUAAAGAUAAUGAUGAUCAUUCAAACUUAGAAAUGACAGUAUUUUAUAACGCAACAGUGAGGAGAGUUUUCCCUGAAAUAAAGAGAAUAGAAGGAUAUGCGUACAGAGUGAAAGAAAUACAGAAAAAAAAUAGUGCAUGAAAUUAAAUAAAUGAUUUUUAAAUAUUUGAA